CGCGUUUGCAGCGCGGCUGGUUUGCUGGUACAGCGGCCUUCAGCCAGUUCCGGUUGCCAUGGCGACCCAGCGGGCGGAGGUCGAUGGCGGGGUCAUGGAAGGGGGCGGCCAGAUCCUGCGGGUGUCCACAGCACUCAGCUGCCUCCUGGGCCUCCCCCUGAGGGUCCGGAAGAUCCGAGCCGGCAGGAGCAGCCCCGGCCUCAGGCCUCAACACCUCUCUGGACUGGAAAUGGUUCGAGAUUUAUGUGAGGGGCACCUGGAGGGAGCAGAAAUCGGCUCAACGGAAAUAACCUUUACACCUGGAAAGAUCAAGGGUGGGACUCACACAGCAGAUACCAAGACAGCAGGGAGUGUGUGUCUGUUGAUGCAGGUCUCAAUGCCCUGUGUUCUGUUCGCGGCUUCCCCGUCACAGCUGUAUUUGAAAGGAGGGACGAAUGCUGAAAUGGCCCCACAAAUUGACUAUACAGUAAUGGUCUUCAAGCCGAUUGUUGAAAAAUUUGGGUUCAAGUUUACCUGUGAUAUUAAAAUGAGGGGCUACUAUCCCAAGGGGGGUGGCGAAGUGAUUAUUCGAAUGUCACCGGUUAAACAGUUGAAUGCAAUAAAUAUAACUGACCGUGGCACUGUGACAAAGAUAUAUGGAAGAACUUUUGUUGCUGGUGUUCUGCCUUUAAAAAUAGCAAAAGAUAUGGCGGCAGCAGCAGUGAGAUGCAUCAGAAAAGAAGUCAGGGAUCUGUACGUUAACAUCCAGCCUGUUCAGGAACCUAAAGACCAAGCCUUUGGCAAUGGAAAUGGAAUAAUCAUUAUUGCUGAGACGUCAACAGGCUGUCUGUUUGCUGGAUCAGCACUUGGUAAAAGAGGUGUGCAAGCUGACAGGGUUGGAAUUGAAGCUGCAGAGAUGCUACUAAGUAAUCUUAGACAUGGUGGUGCUGUGGAUGAGUAUUUGCAAGACCAGUUGAUUAUUUUCAUGGCGUUGGCCAGUGGGGUCUCGAGAAUCAAGACAGGACCAAUCACACUCCACACACAAACCGCGAUACAUUUUGCCGAGCAGCUAACAAAGGCUAAGUUUACUAUUAACAAAUCAGAAGACGAAGAUGAUUCUUCUCAAGAAACUUACAUUAUUGAAUGCCAAGGAAUUGGGAUGACAAAUCCAAAUUUGUAAAAGGUUUGUCUUUUUGGCUGUACCUCAGUGAUAUAUUGCACUAAUUUUAAAUAGGUACUCCUUGGAGGUGCAAGAUAGGAAUGGAUCCAGAGCUGACUUAAUUUGGAGUCGAAAAGAAUUAUAGCAUAUUUAUGCCUUGUGUAGAACUCUUCAUCAGAUUGAUCUUUGUGUUUACAGGGAUGCAAAAUACAGUGAGCUGUAAAAAUUUAAGAAUCAAUGCAUGAGAUGAAAGCUUAUUUGUUUUGAAAUGAUUGAAUUAUACUUCUACCUAGAGAAUGCGCUCAUGAAUUAUAACCUUUUUUAUGAUGGUAUAUCGUCAAUGGGCAGUGCUGCAUCUUUAAUCGUAUUCUAUUUCUGUAAUCAUUUUGCUGAAAUGCAGUUAAGCAGAUAGUAAUAAAAUAUUCUCAAAGCCAUUU